ACAUGGGUGAGAGCGAGGAGGAGGAGGAGGAGGAGGAGGAGGAGGAGGAGGAGGAGGAGGAGGAGGAGGAGGAGGAGGAGGAGGAGGAGGAGGAGGAGGAAGAGGAGGAGGAGGAGGAGGAGGAGGAGGAGGAGGAGGAGGAGGAGGAGGAGGAGGAGGAGGAGGAGGAGGAAGAGGAGGAGGAAGAGGAGGAGGAGGAGGAGGAGGAGGAGGAGGAGGAGGAGGAGGAGGAGGAGGAGGAGAGAGGAGGAGGAGGAGGAGGAGGAGGAGGAGGAGGAGGAGGAGGAGGAGGAGGAGGAGGAGGAAGGGGAGGAGGAGGAGGGGGGGGAAGGGGAGGAUGAGGAGGAGGGGGGGGAAGAGGAUGAGGAG